GUGAGCAAGUGGUCGAUUGCAGUCAUUCGUUCAUCGGGGAGUUUCUGUCUGAAGGAGGAUUCGUAGAAGAUGGCUAAAAACAAAGGCACCGUGUAUUUAGGAUUCGAAGACGAGUUCAUAAGCGAGAAGUACAAGUGCUCCUUAAACUAUUUGGUAAACAAAGUCGGAGGACUGCCGGACUGGCCCAGCUCCGAAAUAGUCAUACCCAACUGUCCGAUAUGCAACCUGACUCGUCCUCUCAUUAUGCAAAUAUAUGCACCGCUGGACAACUCGCAAUUCCACCGGACCUUGUACAUAUUCGCCUGUUUGAGUCCCACGUGCUCAAAUGUUUCGAAAAGUUGGCUAUGCGUCAGGACACAGAUCCUGGACAAGUCGCCCAGCGAAAACAGUGGGGGGAGCGAGAGCAUCAAGGCGUCCGCGGCUUUAAAAAUAAACUGGUGCAGUGGAGCGGAUGACUGGGGUGAGCCGGCGGACGAUGUCAACAGGAAUGAGGAGAAUGGUAACGUGAUUAAGAACGAUAACCGAAUCUCGGAUGAUGAUGACGAGAGUAAUUCGAUGGAAAACGAUAUAAUCUGUGGACUGGGCAACGUGAACAUCGACGACAAGAAUGCAAAUUGCGGGGCGCAAGGCGGUGCGAUAGGUGCAAUGAAUACUUCCACCAUCUACGCCGAGAUUGAGGGUGAGGAAUUUGAAAAUGUGACCAUCGAAACGCCGACGUAUCCUGAGCGCGACCUAGUAGCAAUGCUCAAGCAGACACCGGGCAUUCCGUCGAACCUUAAGAAGUUGACUCUGAGGAGUUUCUUUGUGUCUGUUUGCGAGGAGAAGCAAACCGCGACCACUAAUUACUUAGGAUUGGCCGAUCAUGUCCGGGAAUUAAUCCAAGAGUAUCAAUUUCGCGAUGAAAAUUGUCGUUCGAGUCCCGAUAGUCCCGUGGCUGCUGCGGCUAUUGGCAACGGUGGUGCUGAAAGCGAACAAGAGGCCUAUGAACAUGCUGUACCUGCGCAUGGUGACGUUAUUUUCCACAAUUUCAUGUCAACGAUACAGGAUAACCCUGGACAGAUUAUUCGGUAUUCUCGCGACACAAGUCCUCUCUUGCCGGCCCCACUAACCGAGUCAGUUCCGAAAUGUCCAAAUUGUGGCAGCGACACAAUUCCAGAAGUCCAAAUUUUGCCAACUUUAAUUCCUAAACUGCGUCUAGAGAAUGGAGACGCAGCACCAAUUGAAUAUGGUAAUGUUCUGGUUUUCACAUGUUUGAAGAGUUGUUGGGAUACUCCCGACAAGAUGCGAAUGGAGAACGUGAUUGUACAGCCCGAACUAUGAGUUAAGUGAACCACGUAUGCUAUUCAAAUGCUUUGUGAUUAUAUGUAAGUCUAAAAGCGGAAAAUUAUUUGUUAUCUUCGUGUAUUUGUUGUGCUCGCUAUGCUUAGUUGAUGAGAUUUUGGAAACACUCAACUGAAAUAUCUGAAUGAAUUUAGGUUUGGUAAAUUGGUCUUCAUUUAAUUCUCAACUUUGAUUGUUCAGAAAAGUAUAUUCAAACCAUAAAUACCCAUGUCAAUGUCUUAAUGAAUGGACCAGUCAAUAUAAUCCAUUAUGACGUAA